AUGGCAGCUUCGCGUCUCGUGUGUAAACCCUGUAAUGUCAUCAGUGAAGGGCCUUCAUGCUCCAAAUGUAACUGGGAGCUUGCUGUCCCCACCGCGUUUGACUGCGCGCAGUUCGGACUAGUUCCUGAGCUGCAAGAACUCGUAAAGCAGACCCCUCGUUUCGACGUCAAUGUGCUUGACGAUUCGUCAAAAGCCACGCUUUUACAUCAUGCUACAAUAAGUGGCAAAAUGGGGGUGCUGGAGUUUUUGCUUGAAAAUGAAACGACGCGAUCAAAAGUGACAGUGGACGCUCUAGGAGGAUGGGCGCAGACGACGCCGCUCUUUUGGGCAGCUUCUAGCAACCAAAUUUAUGCCGUUGAACUGCUACUACGACACGGCGCUGAUCCAAAUUUCAGAGAUAAAUUGGGCUUUUCGCCGUUUUUAGAGGCGAUUCAAUGCUGUUAUCCAAUUACAGCAGCCUAUUUAGUGGCCAAGGGCUCAGAUACCAACCAACGUGUACAAGAUGCUCACCAGAAGACAGCUUUGAUGCUGCUUUGUCAGUCGCAGCACUUUCAUUUGGAUGCGUUUCGGAUGGUGCUCAGUCUUCAAGCUUCAGUGGGUGCACAGGACGCCGAUGGCAACACUGCGCUGCAUCAUGCGGCGGCGAACGGUAUCGCCAUGGCUGUACGCUUGCUGCUGGAUGCGAGAGCUGACACCACUAUUUUGAACAAGGAGGGUCUUACGGCUGUUGAAGUUGCUCGUGCGAGACUUGGUCCGACAUCAUUAGCGCGUCACCUUCUUGUGGAAGACGAACAGCUGCAGCACCUUUCUCGAUGGACUUCCAUUCCGAAACAAACGCUGCUGGACAAUUUGUACAAGCUUGCAUUUUUCGUGCCAUGGCUGGUGUUUCCUCUCGCCUGUUACGUGAUCGUAGCCAUGAACGGAUGGCAAGCCAUUAUUAUGUCACUUUGCAGUCUGUUGGCUAUUGCAGUGCUAGUGCUCCGAUUGCUAGUGCGCGGCUCUUACGGUGACAAGCGCAAGGCUGCAGCACUCCUGUUCGGGAUCAAUGUCGCAUCGAUCGUAUACCUCGUUGCGAUUUUUCCUCGAUUCAGUGGCUACUGCAGCUCCACGUUCUGCGCAGUUGCAGCAGUCUCAUUUGCGAUGCUUGGUGUGACACUGUACAAAACGUGCACUUCCGACCCGGGUGAAGUGUCCACAUUGUACGACGAGAAACUGCAUAACAUUCGCUGGCUUGUCGAGUCAAAGCUUCCCAGUGCAACAAAGCUGUGCCUCACAUGCUUGCACAAGAGACCGCUACGCGGAAAACAUUGUGCUGAGCUGAACAUGUGCAUUGCCAAGUUUGACCACUAUUGUCCGUUCGUAGUAAAUGCAAUUGGCGCACGCAAUCAUGCAGUCUUCCUGGGGUUCUUGUUUUCAGCCGUGCUUUCGAUCGGGUUGGAACUUGUUGCCUGCUGGCGCUUUGCACGCGCACAGUCUGAGCUUGUGGAAGACUUCACAGUUCAGUGGCAGUGGUGGCGGUGGAUCUCGUCGUUGUGGGGUACAUUCGUUGGCACAAGCAUUACUGCUGCUGUCACCUCCGGACUGACUGACUGGCUUUGGAGCGUUGCGCAUUUCCAACCAUUGCUGUUUUGCGUCAUGUUUCUUGAUGUCGUGCAGAUUGCGUGGAUCGCGUACACGUUAUUCUUCCACAUCUACUUGAUGUGCGCAGCCCUCACGACAAACGAGAUCGUGAAGAGUGAGAAUCUCAACCGUGUGUAUUCUCGUGGAAUGUUGAACAACAUGGUGGACUUUUUGGGUCUGCCAGGCCACCGGCCAGUGGACUGGCGUCGCGUCUACAGCAUCAAGGACUUCGAAAGCCAAGUUGCCAUGAGCUCUUCGUCGUCGGGUCAAGUUUGCAAGAAUUUAUGA